UUUUUUUUUUUUUUUUGUUCCUUGUAGGUAUGGUCAAUAUGCGCUAAAGCGCAUACUCAACCAUGUCCCAGUUCCCAAUCUUCUAAACCUGCACGCUCUCGGCCGACGGCGUUCCUCCCCCCCUGCACCCCUGCGAACUCAGGUAGGUUGGAACGCUGCCGCUGGGACUCGGGGCUUUGGUUUUACCCGUGACGCACUUGCGGCUGUGCGGGGGAGGUGAAGCGUCGCUUCGCCCGUCGCCAUCUGCAACGGGAAAGCGGCGCUUGGCCUCUGAUCUCGGGGAAGCGCGGAAAUGCCUUCGCGAUCAGCAUUGGGAAAUUUUAUAAAAAUUGUAAUGAAUUCUUAGCGAAUGCUUUUUUUCAAUAAGUAUCUUCAUAGAAUUCUUAAUGAUAGCUUCAGGUAUUAACGAAUGUCCACUUCAGAAGCAUUCAUAAAGAAUUAUUAUGUUGUAAAUGAAAUUUCGCAGCAGAUGCUCUGGUGCCAAAACAGAAGUCAUACAGUAAUCACUAAGUAUUCCUUAUAUAGUAUUUAGCAUAGAUUAGUUGUUACCACUAAGAAAUCAUAAAGCAUUCAUAUAAGGUAAUCAUAAAUAAUUCUUGCUAUUAAAGAAUUUAAUUUUCGUUAAAAUGUCGCACACGCGUUGUAUAGGUAUUAUUAUUAUUGUUAUUAUUGUUUUUCAUAUAUUAGAAGAAAUAUAAUUAAGAAAUUCAAAGUUUUUGACGGUGAUGGGAAUCGAACCUUGAACUUCGGCAGGGCAAUUGAGUGCGCUGGCCACUUACCUAAAUCGAAUUCUUAUACACCAAAUUUUAGAUCUGAUAUAUUAAUUACAUUUACUUAUGGGCUAAUUAAUAAUAAAUAAAUAAAUGACAACCAGUGAAUAAUUGCAGAGAAAAAUAUAUAAUUAUAUUCAGUAAUAAAAGUGGGGUUUUUGAGACCGAGUGUUGAGUUUGUAGAAAGCUCAUGAAGAAUACUUUAUGAAUACUUUUCACACAACUAUGAAAUACUUUACUUUCAGUUGAUAACAUUUUACAUUUCAGAAAUUUGUAUACAAAGAUUACUAUAAGCGUUUAUUUAAUGCGGACAUUCGAAAAUUCUUUAUGAAUGCUUUUUUUUCAAAGUGAGCUUAUCAGGUUCCCACACACACACACACAAUAGCGUCAUCCACUGGCGCGAGUCGAGGGAAAAACGAGAACAGCUGAUGGACCGCGCAGGUGUAUAGAGAGCCACACGCGUGAAUGCACGACGCCGUUUGCAAGGUGCGAUCUUACAUAAGGUCGCGGGCAACUGUCAGAAAAUCCCAAAAUAAAUAGCGCGCGCAAAAUGCAGCAGUGCACCUCGUGCGCCCACCGACGUCGCAUCGAUUCCUAGGUGUACUUUCGAAUCGAUGAUCUCAACUGUUUUUCACAUCGGAAAGUGAUAUCUCUACGCAUACAUUCCCAAUUGUGAUAAUCGGACGGAUAGUGUCGAUAAAAUCGAUUUAUAUAGCUAUAUUGGCUAUCUGGGCUGUCAACGUUGAACUCGAAGGGAACCUUGACAGACGCGCAGGGCCAACGGUUGGCUAUUAAUAGAAAAGAAAAUGACCGCUCACAAAAUAACGUCUGAAGUUUUUGCCGAGAAGGACGACGCGGAAACGCAGAAGGAAGGCAACAGUGCGGUGUCGAAAUUCUUUUUCAAGUAUCCGCCGCAUAUGCGAAAAAAUCGAACGGCGGGAAAAGAGGCUUUGGAGUACGACGAAGACGGCGACUUGAUUCUGGAUCGCAUUGAAGAAGGAGCUAUUUUAAUAGAACACAGCGUCGCCACGGAACUGAAGCUGGUCGGCUUGCAAAUUUGGCGUGGCGCGUUAUUACUCGGCGAUUACAUUCUAUCCCACCCAGAGGUAUUCCAAAAUAAAACGGUUCUAGAAUUAGGCUCUGGAGUUGGAUUCGACAGUAUUAUAGCUGGUACGCUAGCCAAGGAAGUCGUUUGCACAGACGUCAAUUUAGGAGGGAUACUCAGAUUGAUCGAGAAAAACUUUCAGAGGAACAAGGCUCUCGUAAAAUCGAAGGUCUGCGUGACGGAGUUGGAUUUUUUGAGUGAAAACUGGAAUGCAACGUUGAGCGGCAAAGUCAAAAACGUCGACGUGAUAAUGGCAGCGGAUGUCAUAUACGACGAUAAGAUAACCGACGGUUUUGUCAAAACUUUGGCAAAGCUUCUGGAUACGGCCGGUGCACGUCAAGCUUACGUGGCCCUGGAGAAACGAUACGUAUUUACAAUCGCUGAUCUCGACUCCGUGGCCCCGAUGUACGAAGAGUUUUUACGAUGCCUGAGACGACAUAAAGUUAACUGGUCGAUCGAGGAAAUCAAAUUGGAUUUUCCACAGUAUUUUCGUUACCAGAGGCUCAGUCAAUUGACUUUGAUGAGGAUCGAAAAGAAGAUUUAGUGGGUCGAUGAGAAAUUUUUGAAUUGUUAAAAAUGCAGGUACGAACAUACUCACUGAAUUCUCAUGGAAAUCUAUGAAAAAGUAAAUAACUCGUAUUUUUUCAUACUGUAUGUACAUUUGUAAAUAUUAACUUAUUAUUUAUUUCGAAUAAAGUUAUAUUUUUGUAUUAA